AAAGAGAUACGAUUAUUUAAAACCUCUCUGAUAAUACUCUAAUUAGUUUUACUCAUUUUUUGGGACUUUGACGUUGAUGAACUAAUAUAAUGGUGUUUGUUUAUUUAUUUGCGCUCUAUAGAUUUACGGAAGUCGCUAUCAGAACAAGAGGAAGGUAAUUCAAAUAGCCAUUUUCCCCAAUAUUUGGUAUGUGUGCGCACGCGCAAAUGGUGAUAGUCGUCCAGGUUAUAGUUAGCCGCUAGCGAGUAGAAGAAACUGGAAGAACUGGAAUAGCACGGAAAGAACAACUCCAAUCUAAUUUUAGGGAGUUCCUCAAGUGUACCAUGACGGCACGUGACGCCGAUUCGACUGAUUUGCUACCCUUGAUGGGCUCUCUUUACACGGACAAAAGAAAACACAUUAUGGAAUCAUCCAAAUCGCCCAGAAGCUCAAAACACCACCAUUCACGAUCGAGGUCACGCUCCAGGGACCGAAAGCGCAAAUCAAGUGAUAAAAAGCACAGACGAAGUCGGAGCAGGAGCAAAGAGGCACGAAGGAGGGACUCUGAGAAGCCAUCAAAAUCUCACAGCAAGUCGGAUGAGCAGCCGGAGCAGACUGAGAGGGGCAGGGAGAGACUUUCUGCAGAGAAUGGGGAGGAGCGACACCGGCGCAAAGACAAGAAGGGACGGAGCCACUCCAGGUCACACUCACGGGACAGACGUCAUCGCAGCAGAAGUCGGGACAAACGGAGAUCGCGGUCCCCGCGGGAGAAGAAGAAGAGGGCCAGCUCCCGGUCGGGUUCAAAGACCAAACACCGCCACAGGAGCAAAAGCAGGGAGCGGAAGAAGAAGACUGAUAAGGUGCGCAGAAAAGAGAAGAGUCGUAGCAGGUCUGUGAGCCCCCCGGCUUUCCGGGGCAGAAACACUGCCAUGGACGCACAGGAGGCGCUGGCCAGAAGGUUGGAAAGGGCAAAGAAACUGCAAGAGCAGAAAGAAAAGGAGAUUUUGGAGAAACAGCAGCAUCAGGAGGUACCUGCAGUUCCAGCUCCCCUGCUGUCUGACACAGUAGUAGUUGCUGCUGCAGCUGCUACCAACCCUGUCCUCAAUGUGGCAGCUCUCCUGGCCUCAGGGACCCAGGUCACGCCUCAGAUCGCCAUGGCAGCGCAGAUGGCAGCCCUACAAGCUAAAACCUUAGCAGAGACUGGCAUUGCUGUGCCCAGUUAUUACAAUCCCUCUGCUGUCAACCCCAUGAAGUUUGCCGAGCAGGAGAAGAAAAGGAAGAAGCUCUGGCAGGGAAAGAAGGAAGGGGACAAGUCACAGACAGCUGAGUUGUGGGAGAAGCUGAACUUCGGAAAUAAGGACCAAAAUGUUAAAUUUCGUAAACUGAUGGGCAUCAAAGGGGAAGAGGAAGGCGAGGCCUCAAAGCCACUCAAUGACGAAGGCCUGAAGACCCUGCAGCAGCAGGAGGAGAUGUUCCAUAACCUGGACGUUCAGUAUGAGAUGGCUAGGUCCCAGACCCACACUCAAAGAGGCAUGGGACUAGGCUUCGGCUCUUCAUUCUCACGGGGCAUGGACACCAUCUAAUGCCAAACCAUGCACUGGCUUGCCCUUGCUUUCUUUCUCAUUGGUCUCUCCACUCACAGCUAGCACUCAAGAUUGCAUGGAUGUUGUUGCAUUGGAUCUGUCAUUUUAUUUAGAAACAAUCUCACGUCUUUUAAACAUUCUCAUGUAAAUAGAUGCUGAGUUUUCCUCAGUGUACAUCUUUUCAGAAUUAUGCAAUAGUUUAAUGACUGAUACUGGCUGGAUUUAGAUUUCUGUUUGAGAAAUGUGAUUGCAUAUUUGUUUUUUUACAAAAAAUGUAUAUAUUUUGGAUGGUUUGAAAUGGAACAUUAUGUAGAUCAAGUAAAAUUAUUCUGUUUAUGUUCAUUUACCAAGAUUCUUUACAAAUUGAUCUGAAUCCUAAUCUCAAUAUGUUGUGUUAUCUUCUUUGUUUCCUUUCUACUGAAUGGAAAUGGAAAAGAGUGGAUCAUAUUACUAAGAUGUCGACCAGGCAUCUGAUGGUUUCAUGGAAAGAAUGAACAAUAAACUUACAUAUGUUCUUGAAAUGAAAGUCAA